AUGGCUAAACAAAAAGAAUCAGAAACUUUCGAAAUUAUCCGUAAAAUUUUAAAUGAAAGAAUUAUGGUACUUGAUGGUGCCAUGGGUACCGAAAUUCAAAAGUUUAAAUUAAAAGAUCACCACUAUAGAGGUGAAGAAUUCAAGGAUUUUCCACAUGAAUUAGGUGGUAACAAUGAUCUUUUAGUUUUAACUCAACCAGAAAUUAUUAGAGAAAUUCACUGUAAAUAUUUAGAAGCAGGUGCAGAUUUUAUUGAAACCAAUACAUUUAAUGGCAAUAUUUUUUCACAAGCAGAUUAUAAAAUGGAACAUUUGGUUAAAAGAAUUAACAUUGAAGCAUCAAAAUUAGCCAAAAGUGCAUGUGAAGAAUAUACAAAAAAAGAUCCAAGUAGACCAAGAUUUGUUUGUGGUGCUAUUGGUCCAACAAAUAAAACUGCAUCCAUUUCACCAUCAGUAGAAAGACCAGAAGCUAGAAAUGUUACUUUUGAUGAAUUAGUUGCUGGUUAUUUAGAACAAAUCGAAGCAUUAGUUGAAGGUGGUGUUGAUAUUUUAUUAGUCGAAACCGUUUUCGAUUCACUCAAUGCCAAAGCAGGUCUUUUUGCAAUUGAAGAGUUCUUUAAUAAAAACGAUAUCCCACGUCUCCCAGUUUUCGUUUCAGGUACUAUUGUAGAUAAAAGUGGUAGAACUUUAUCCGGUCAAACUGGUGAAGCUUUCUAUACAAGUGUUGCAAGUGCCAAUCUUAUGGUAUUUGGUUUAAAUUGUGCUUUAGGUGCCCAAGAAAUGAGACCAUUCCUUCAAAAUAUUAGCAAGGUUUCAGAAUGUUAUGUUUCAUGUUAUCCAAAUGCUGGUUUACCAAAUACUUUUGGUGGUUACGAUGAAACACCAGAAAUGAUGGCUGAACAAAUUAAAGAAUUUGCUGUUUCUGGUCUCUUAAAUAUUGUUGGUGGUUGCUGUGGUACCUCACCAGAUCAUAUUCGUGCUUUCUGUGAAGCUAUUAAAGGUGUUCCACCACGUGAAAUUCCACAACUCCCACAACUUACCACUGUUUCAGGUUUAGAACCAUUAAUUUUCACUCCAGAGUUAAACUUUGUCAAUGUUGGUGAACGUUGUAAUGUUAGUGGUUCACGUCGUUUCGCAAAUCUUAUUAAAGCAAAUAAAUAUGAAGAAGCUUUAUCAGUUGCCCGUCAACAAGUAGAAGCUGGUGCCCAAAUUAUUGAUAUUAAUAUGGAUGAAGGUAUGAUUGAUGCAGUUUCAGCUAUCACUAAAUUCCUCUUCUUUAUUGGUUCCGAACCAGAAAUUUCAAAAGUACCAAUUAUGUUAGAUUCAAGUAACUUUGCAGUUGUUGAAGCUGGUCUUAAAUGUGUUCAAGGUAAAUGUAUUGUAAAUUCAAUUUCACUUAAAGUUGGUGAAGAACUAUUCAUUGAACAAGCAAGAAUUGUAAAACAAUAUGGUGCCUCAGUUGUCGUUAUGGCUUUUGAUGAGAAUGGUCAAGCUACCUCAAAAGAAGAAAAAGUUCGUAUUUGUUAUAGAUCAUACAAAAUCUUAACAGAACAAGUUGGAUUCUACCCACAAGAUAUUAUUUUCGAUCCAAAUAUUCUUACUAUUGCAACUGGUCUUGAAGAACAUAACAACUAUGGUAUUGAGUUUAUUGAAGCUACUCGUGAAAUUAAAAGAAUUAUGCCAUUGACCCGUGUUAGUGGUGGUGUUUCAAAUCUUUCAUUCUCUUUCAGAGGUAACGAACCACUUCGUGAAGCUAUGCAUUCUGCUUUUCUUUAUCAUGCAAUUAAAGCCGGUAUGGAUAUGGGUAUUGUUAAUGCUGGUGCACUUCCAAUCUAUGAUGAUAUUCCAAAAGAUCUCUUAAUAUUAGUCGAAGAUGCAAUUUUAAAUCGUACAAAUGAUGCCACCGAAAAACUUUUAGAAUAUGCUCAAAAGAAUAGUAAAACUGAAAAAGCUGCUGUUGAAGUCGAAGAGUGGAGAAAUAAAUCAGUCACUGAUAGAAUCGCUCAUGCUCUCGUUAAAGGUAUUACAACUUAUAUUAUCGAAGAUACCGAAGAAGCUCGUCUUACUCUUCCAUCAUCAUUAUCAGUUAUUGAAGGUCCAUUAAUGGGUGGUAUGAAUGUUGUUGGUGAUCUUUUUGGUGCCGGUAAAAUGUUUCUUCCACAAGUUAUUAAAAGUGCUCGUGUUAUGAAAAAAGCUGUAGCCCAUCUCAUCCCAUUCAUGGAAGAAGAAAAGAGCAGAAAACGUUUAGAAACUGGCUCAACAGCUGAAGAACCAGAAAAUGCUGGUGUUGUUGUUUUAGCUACAGUUAAAGGUGAUGUACACGAUAUUGGUAAGAAUAUUGUAGGUGUUGUAUUAGGUUGUAACAAUUAUAAAGUUAUUGAUUGCGGUGUAAUGACCCCAUGCGAAAAAAUCAUUGAAGCUAUCAUUCAAAAUAAAGCAGAUGUUGUUGGUUUAUCAGGUCUUAUCACUCCAUCAUUAGAUGAAAUGAUUUUCGUAGCAUCAGAACUCGAAAGACAGAAAUUCAAGAUUCCACUUAUGAUUGGUGGUGCAACUACUUCACAAAUUCACACAGCUGUUAAAAUUUCACCACAUUAUACACAACCAACUGUUCAUGUUUUAGAUGCCUCACGUAGUGUCACUGUCGUAUCAAGUCUUUUAGAUCCAAAAAAUAAAGAAAUAUUUGCAGAAGAUAUCGAACAACAAUAUAGCGAAUUACGUGAAAAACAUUAUGCUUCACUCAAAGAUAGAAAAUACACCUCAUUAGAAAAAGCUCGUCAACAUCGUCCAAAGAUCAAUUGGUCUGCAAUUACACCAGUUAAACCAUCUUUUAUUGGUAAACAAGUAUUCAAAGAAUAUUCAUUAGAAAAGUUAUGCACAAAAAUCGAUUGGAACCCAUUCUUUGUUACAUGGCAACUUCGUGGUAAAUACCCAAAUCGUGGUUAUCCACGUAUUUUCAAAGAUGAAACUGUAGGUGCUGAAGCUAAGAAACUCUUUGAUGAUGCUCAAGCUAUGCUUAAAGAAAUUGUCGAAAAGAAAUUAUUAAACGCUCGUGGUGUUAUUGGUUUCUAUCCAGCAAACAGUGAAAAUGAAGAUAUUCUUCUUUAUACCGAUGAUACUAGAACUACAGUUGGUGCCACACUCCAUGGUCUUCGUCAACAAAGCGAAAAAGAAACUGAAGAACCAUACCUUUCAUAUGGUGACUAUAUUGCACCAGUUUCAAGCGGUGUUAAAGAUUAUAUUGGUUUAUUCGCAGUUAGUGCCGGUUUCGGUUUAGAUGAAAUGGUAGAAAAAUACAAGAACGAAAAUGAUGAUUACUCUAGUAUUAUGGCAAAAGCCUUAGCUGAUCGUCUCGCUGAAGCUCUUGCUGAAGCCCUCCACGAAGAUGUCCGUAAGAUUCAUUGGGGUUACGAAAAAGAUGAAAAUCUUUCAAGUGAAGACCUCUUCAAAGUAAAAUAUAAAGGUAUUCGUCCAGCUCCAGGUUAUCCAGCUCAACCAGAUCAUACUGAAAUGAAAGCAAUUUGGUCAUUAAUGGAUGUUAAAAAUCAAACUGAUAUCGAGCUUACUGAUCAUAUGGCUAUGGUCCCAGGUGCUGCCGUUAGUGGUAUCUAUUUCUCACACGAACAUGCUAAAUAUUUCUCUGUUGGCAAAAUUACAAAAGAACAAAUCGAAGACUAUUCUAAAAGAAAGCAAAUUCCAGUUGAAGAAGCUGAAAAAUGGUUAUCAUCAAUUUUAGCUUAUGAUCGUUUACCAUUUGUCAAAAAAUAAGAUAAAUUAAAAUUAAAAUAAACAAAAUAAAUAAAUAAAUAAUUUAUAUAUUUAAAAAAUAAAU